GCUACCGCCGACGGGCGCCUGGUGCUGCUGCGCCGCAGCCACCACGUGGCCGAGGCCCCCGGGAAGUUGGAUGUGCCCGGUGGGCACCCCGAGCCGCAGGCCAUUGCCGGGGGGGUCCCCACCGCCUCUCUCCGGUGCGAGGACCUGCCCCCCGACCUGGUCGUUGAGGAGAUCUUCGCCUCCGUCAUCAAGGAGAUCCGCGAUGAGGUCAACCUGCCCCCGGAGACCCUGAGUCCUCCCCGGCUGCUGGGGCUGGUGAGAAAUGAGACCACGGCCGGACGGGCCACAGCCGCCUUCUUUGUCAGGUGCAGUCUGACCGCGGAGGAGACGAGGGAGCGGUACGAGAUCGGGGGCGCCGAGGCUCACGAGUCCACCGCCAUCGUGUUCGUCAAGGCGGAGGUGGGGGGGCAGAGGCUCCCGGACCCCCGUCCCACUCCCCUCCCGGGGGAGAAACCCCGGGAGCUGCUGGGCCCCGGGGGGCCGUGGGCCGAGCUCUGCCCCUCGGCCAAGGGGGCGGCGACGCUGUACCACGAGGUGGGCGCCCUCCUGUGACCCCUGACCCCCACGAAGCUGGAGGCGGAGCCACUCCUGAUCUCACCCC